UGUUAUUUGUAACCCCUCCUUCCCACUUCCUCAGAGGGUGCACGUACAUUCACACAGCGUGUUCAUGACAAGGGGGGCUGACGCCAGGCUGUGGUGGGCCAUGUCUGAGAAGAGAUCCAGGGUCGGUCCAGAUGGAUUCCACCACAUGGUGAUGGCAGUGACCAGAGUUCAGCUCAUUGGCGGCCAGGUGAGACAAUAUCAGUCUCACAUGGGUUCUAAGACCACGGGUCUGGCUUACAAAGGGCAAACUGAUGUAACCAUCACAGAGUCCAGCAUGGUGGUGGGUCCAGAUGGGAUUCCACACAUCACAUCCAGAACCUCCUGGGGGUCCAGAAACGCCUGCGAGGAGGAGGACCAGGGCCAGGACUGGGACCCCUCUGAGGAGGAGAAUGAUGAGGACUGGACCAAGGACCAGGGCCAGGACCUGUUAGGACUUGAACUUGAGGACUGGGACCACUCUGAGGAGGAGAAUGAUCAGGGCUGGACCAAAGACCAGGCCCAGGACUGGCUCCCCUCUGAGGAGGAGAACGAUCAGGACUGGACCAAGGACCAGGCCCAGGACUGGCUCCCCUCUGAGGAGGAGAACGAUCAGGACUGGACCAAGGACCAGGCCCAGGACUGGCUCCCCUCUGAGGAGGAGAACGAUCAGGACUGGACCAAGGACCAGGCCCAGGACUGGCUCCCCUCUGAGGAGGAGAACGAUCAGGACUGGACCAAGGCCCAGGAUCAUGAGACCCAUUUCCCUGCAAAAUGGGAAAAUGAAAUGGAAUUCCUUAAGUUCUACUUGAGAGACAAGACCGUGGACCAACUGUCCUACAAGGUGCCAGCUCUUAGGCAGGCGUUCACUACGCUGUUUACUAAGAGCAGAGAGUUCAUGUUGGCGCUGGUUUUUAGCAAGGCUGGCAACUGAAGCGCAGAAGGAUGAAGAGCAGCUGUUUCUGCAGUACACAAGGCUGCUGAAGUACACCUCAGACCACGCCCACCUAGACUCCAUCAUGCAGGAG